AUGGCUGACAAGAUUGACAUCGUCCUCCUUGGUGCGACUGGGUACACAGGCCGUCUCUGUGCGGCUUACAUGACUAAAGCCAUCCCGGAUACCGUUUCGUGGGCUAUUGCAGGUCGAAACCAGACAAAGCUCGAGGACCUUCAGAAAGAACUCAAGGAGAAAGGAGCAACGUGUCCGUCAAACCUCGCCUCACCAAACCCUCCAUCCAUGCUGAUUGCUCUAGGUACCGUCUACGCUCUCGACCUCGACUCUGACACUGCCAUCGCUGAGCUUGCCCGGAAGGCUCGUGUUAUUAUUAAUACUAUCGGACCUUACUCUGCGACCUGUGGAACGGCUAUCAUCAAGGCCUGCGCUGAGAAUGGGACUGAUUACGUUGACUGGCAAAUAGUCAUGACAGCCGGCUGGGGUGCUGUACCAGCUGACCUCCCAACCUACCUCGCCGUUCGUCACAUCCGCGAAAAAAUGUCCCUCCCAACGCGCGAGGUUCUCGUCUCACUCGACGAUCUCAAGGGCUCUUUUAGUGGCGGCAGCAUUAACUCCAUGUGUGACCUUGAGAUGAGUUACGGCUCCGCAAGGAUCGCUGCUGCUUCGGCACCUUUUGUACUAUCGCCCGUGCCAAGGAACAGCACCGAAAUUGCAAAACAUGGCGUGCUUCCUGGGCCAAACGCAUUUGGUGUUCAGUUUGUUAAAGGAAUGGGCGCUCUAGUUGAGGGCUCACAGACAGGGAUAGAGACGGGCAUCAUCGGUCGCAGUUGGGGUCUCUUCGCGGGCCAAGAGUCAUACUCUCUCAGUCCAGACGGAUACGGCAAGAACUUUUUCUUCUCAUCGCGCGUGGGACAGUCUGGUCCGUUUACGGCCUGGCUGUUCCGCACAGGGUUUAUCCUUCUUACCACUGCCAUCACCAAGAUCCCCCCGCUACGCAACCUAGCCACCAAAACUCUCUUUCCACCAGGGACAGGUCCGUCUGAAGAGCAGCGAAGAGGAAACCACUUUACGUACCGUGUCGUGGCCAUACCUGACGAAAAAGGCACGUCACGCCGUGUCGAGGUCAGGUUUGCUUACCAAGGAGACCCAUACGUCUUUACAGGCGUGUCACUGACCGAAGCGGCACUUGUGUUGCUUGAAGGCGGUACACCAGCUCAUCAACGUGGAGGUAUCUUGACGUCGGCCAUGCUGGGUGACAAGUUUGUCGAGAGGUUGAAGCAGCCACAGGUAGGCGUCGAGAUAGAGAUCAAGGUUGUGGAGGAGUAG